GGGCGCUGAAGAGGCGGAAGUGGGGCCUUGUUUCCGCUUCCGGCCUGGGGCGCGUUCUCUUUCCGUUGGGCGAAGAGAGGCGGCAGGAGGCGCGUGGAGGGUGACUCUCAGCUGCCACAAUGCAGAUCUUCGUGAAAACCCUGACGGGCAAAACCAUCACGCUCGAGGUGGAGCCCAGUGACACCAUCGAGAACGUCAAGGCAAAGAUCCAGGAUAAAGAAGGUAUCCCUCCAGACCAGCAGCGUCUGAUCUUUGCCGGGAAGCAGCUGGAAGACGGGCGCACACUUUCGGACUACAACAUCCAGAAAGAGUCCACCCUUCACUUGGUGCUGCGUCUCCGUGGAGGGAUCAUCGAGCCGUCCCUUCGCCAGCUUGCCCAGAAGUACAACUGCGACAAGAUGAUCUGCCGCAAGUGCUACGCCCGCCUGCACCCCCGUGCCGUCAACUGCCGCAAGAAGAAGUGCGGCCACACCAACAACCUGCGUCCAAAGAAGAAGGUGAAGUAAAGAGUACGGCUGCAUCGCUCCCUGCUACACCCCCACGGCUGCGCUGUUGCAGCGAAGUUCUCGGUCCCCGGGGUACUUUCCCCCGCCUGUUAGAAUAAAACUUCCAGUGCACCAAG